CGCAAGCGCACUGCCACGCACGUCGACGGCUCCAAUCGAGCACUGCGAACAGGCGCGCAGGCGGGAGGGCGUGCCACGGUCGACGGUCUGAGCCGACCCUGCAGACACGCCGAGCUACCCGCAGCUAGUCCACCGCGACUGCAGCUACUCCACCGCGACCGCAGAAGAUGCUCAGCGCAUCCGACUCGCACCGCCGCCGCAAAAAGGACAAGGACGCCGACGACGGCGAGCGCACUAGCCCGCGGAUCAAGGACCGGGACCGGGACCGAGACAGAGACAGGGACCGAGACAGAGACAGAGACAGAGACAGAGACAGAGACAGAGACAGAGACAGAGACAGAGACAGAGACAGAGACAGAGGCAAAGACAGAGACAAAGACGGAGACAAGGACAAGGACAAGGACAAAGACAAGGACAAGGACUCGUCCCACCGCCGCCACAAGAGCAGCCGCUCGCACAAGACGCGCUCGUCGGGCUCCCGGGAGGACGUUGCUGAGCGCAGCCGCACCUCGUCGUCGUCGCACAAGAUGGCCGUGCCAGGCAUCCCCGAGCUGGGCCGGCGCAGCAGCAUCGACAGCGGCAACGGCUCGCGCGUCAGCCUGCCCUAUCCGUCCGUCAACAAGACAUACAGCAAGGAGAGCAUCUACGUCCGCGACGACGUGGACCGCCGCAAGGCCACGGUGACCCCGGACCUCACCGACGCCGACGGCUCGCAGGACGGGUCCAAGAAAGAAGGCUCGCCGACGGUGCCGCCAACGCCCACCCGCGCACCCCCUCCCCCACCACCGCGCGCGCCGCCGAGCCCGCCCCUCACCACCCCGACCACCGCCGACCUGCGCAAGACGGCCAGCGCCAACAGCUCGCGGCGGACGUCCGAGGCCCUGCACAGGGACAUGGAGGCCGGCCGACGCAGCGUGGACAACUCGACCCGCGUCUCGACGCCGUCCGGACAGCGGCACACGGCGUCGCGCUCCAGCGUCAGAGAGCAGGACUCGAUGACGGACCUGACGUCCACAACCGGCUCUCAGCCCAGCACGGUCCGCGCAAAGUCGCCCCGAGCAAAGUCGCCCCAGACGGUGCCCGCGCGCACCAAGACGGCCAGUCCAGCAGGCGGCCGCACCAAGACGUCCAGCUCCAAGACAUACAGGGCCAAGACCAAGCCCAGAGGUUCGUCCGAACUCACCCUCGACUCCGACAACACCUCCAUGCCCCUCUACCGUGCCCGCCGAACACGGUCGCCAGCCUAUUCUGACGCCUCACCUGCAUCUGUAGUCGACUCCUCUCCACGAACACCCACACAGCACUCGGUGCUGCCCUCUGUCAUCUUCGACGACAAGGACCGGCCGGCUACGGUUGAAAUCCUGGACCCCGUCUCCCGCGAGUCGUCCGUCAAGCCCAACUAUGGCUCGCCCAUGCCACCGCCGCCUCCGCCGCCACCGCCGCCACCGCCGCCAGCAAUGUCGGGCGACCCACCGCGUGUCGACUACCUGCUUCAAAACGGUGGUCUGCCACGACCCAUCCCCCGAAGCUUGCUAGGAGCCAUUGAGGGCGCAUCGGUCCCAGCCUACUCGUCGUACAUGUCGCCCGCGACAAGCGGCGCCCAGGGCCACGACGUGCGGACACUGUUCCGGCCGCUUGAAAGCGUGCUGAACCAGUACAACACCGUCAUUGACACGAACGGGUCGCUAGCCGUUGCGACGGGGUAUCGGUCGGUGGCGCGCCGUCUGCUGGACCGCCUGGAAAAUGUCUUUGCCAGGAACAUCUCGUCGGAGCACUGCAAGUGUCUGAUGUGCUUUGACCAAGUGGUUCCCGAGGACAGUUCUGGCGUAAACUGGGGCGAAAUCCUGGAGCUUGUGUCUGGGCGCUGCGAGUUGCCGUCGUGGCCACCCUACAACGAUCCAGUUGCUCCUGGACUGGGCAUCUCGGAACUCGGAGAGCCCUGCCAGCAGAUUGAUGUUGAUGUGCCAGACCAGUACCGAGCGCACUACGAGAAGCAGGCGAAGAAGACAAAGUCCUCGGUCCAGUCGUGGCUGACAGACCAACAAGACAAUUCGCCAGAGGACGCCGACGACGAGACCUUGUCCUUCAUCAUGCUAACGCGCCUGGAUCAGCCACAACGUCCGUUGUACUACGCGCUGCUCUGGGGUCUCGACAAGCUGCCCAACCCCCGCACACAGAAGCCCGAGGCAGGUACACCGCCGUACUUGGCCAAAGCUGGCCUCGCUUUGCAGCGCCUCUACCGCCUGGGCAAGGAACCCCGCGACCAGCUCACUGUCAUGUACCUGAUCCGCAACCCUGACAUGCAUAACAUACUAGCCACCCUGGCAGCAGUGACAAAGCACGAGUGGGAGAUUCUCGUGUCUGGGCGCUUCGAUGGUUUCCUCUGGUCCGGCGCGGAAGACCUGAUGCCUGGUCACAUCCCCGCAACCGAUGGACCCCAACGCUUUGCAUCGCCCAGUCCGGGCCAGGGGUUCCAAACAUUCAGUCCAGGGCCGCAGUCUCGCCCCGGUUCGGUCCGCCCAGGGUCCGUUCGUCCAGGGUCAGUACGCCCCGGCGCUGGAGGCCCCGCACCGGUACAAAUCGACGAGGAGACCGAGGUCGCUGUGCUGGCUGAGAUCGAGCGCGAGAUCUAUCUUGGCAUGGAAGCCAUGGAAGACGCGUUUGAGCACCUGCACAACCAGGCCGAGCAGGUCCGCAGACGACUUCGAGAGCGUGCCGCAGCGUUGUCAAUGGUGGCGCAGCAACGCCGCGGCUCAGGCAUGGACGACAUUGAAGUCAGGAUGAACACACCAGCCGGCUUCAGGGAGCAGGACGAUAGUCUGGAUGACCUCAGAAGUGAGAUUGGGCCUGACGACUCGGCUAGCAACGUCAGUCACAACAGGAGGAGGAAAGCGCACCGCGCACGCGAGAGGAGGACACCAGCGCCUGUCGAGGAAGAGAGCGAGGGCGAGAGCACGCUUGCCGACAGGAUUCGCAGACGCUUCUAAGCGCACCACGGGCGCUACACGAAGCAGAAAUGCGCCAACAAUGGCAACCGCGUUCAAGAGCGCGCAGGAUUUGGUUACUUGCUUUACGUUUUGCAUCAACGAGACCAUCCACCAAGGAUAUGAUUAUGGCUCAUAACGGCAGUGGCAUAUGGAUACCCCAAUGAAUUGAACAGUGCUGAGAA